AUGGGAAGCUGUAUCUCAAUACGUCGGCGGCGGAGGUUUGAGGAUGUCUUUCCGGUGAUCUUCGAGGAGCUCGAGCUCCAGGUCCCAACGCCGGGGCCGCCUAUCUGGAACCCAGCAUGGCAACCUAUCGGAAAUCCAGCAUGGCAACCUGUCGGAAAUCCAACAGGGCAGCCUGCCCCGAACCCAGCAGGGCAGCCUAGUGGGAAUUCAGCAGCCCCCGAAACCACGGCAGCCCCCGGGAGCCCAGUAGAAAACGUCGGCCCGAGCCCACCGGAGCUUUCUGGUGAGAGCCCAUGGGAAUAUAACGGCAAUCCUACUGACGGAGCGCCGGGGUACUAUCGAGGAAAGGAUCUUAGAGCCAAGGCUCGUAGAAAGAAGCAUUACAGGCAGCAGAGGGGAGGUCUUGAUGGAGAAGAUGGGGAGGGAUCUAGCGGACCGGCCGCGGUGGAAGAUGACGGGGUAGCAAAGUCUACUCACUACGUCGAGCAACCAAAGGCAUCUGGGGCGGCAGAAGGAAGCGGGGAGACCAGGGCCGGGAUCACCAGGCUUGAAAAUGAUGUGGCGAACCCUCCCAAAGAGCAUACAUCGCCAGCAACGACCCCAGGGUCAAGUAAUGAAGGCACACUUUCUAAGGGGAGCUGGGUGGAUUCGGAUAGAACACACCGUUCGCCCUAUUUUAACCAAGCUCAGGCUGAGUUAGCUAGGGCUCUGAUAUCCGGAACUGGGCGAGCGAGUAUCACACGUGACCCGACGUCGACUGCUAGACCUGAUAGCAAGACCAGGCACAUCGAAGAGGAUGGAGAGGCCGAUAGGGGGUCCUCUGCAGAAGACGGGCCAACCAGAGUCUUAGAAGACGGUGGGUCACCUUCUGGUAAUCAUACCCUUACAAAACAGACCUUAUCUAUGGGCUCAAACAGUGCUUUAGACGGAGGGGGGAGCCCAAGCCUUACUGAUCAGUCUACGACUGCAAGGCCAGGGGAGGCAGCCGGGGAUAUUGCCACUACCGAAAGGGAGCCAUCCUCGGGAAGCUCUGAGAUCAAUACUACGGAACCGUCUGAGGCUUUAGGGGAGGGAGGCUUGAAUGUAACCACACAAAGCUCAAGUGACAACUUAAGCUCAGAUGUAUCUCGUGAUGAGGAAUGUAUUUCGGAGGCUAAAGAGCCAGCUGCUCUGGGAAGCGCUUGA